AAAGUGGCAGCAGAAAUCGAGAAAUCAAACUGUUUGUGUUUCUUGUCGUUUGCUUGAGUUGUGGCUGCAUUUCAUAUUCGUUAGAAGAAAGAGUAGCUGCUUCCAUACUGUUUCUUUGUUCAUCCGCCCAGGAUGGCUGCUUAGUGUGAGUGCCGUGCCUCUACGCGCGACGAGAAGGGUCAGCAUGCCUAGUUUCGUUUCCUAGCAGGAGCUGAAUUACACGUCAGCAGCCAACGAUCGCAGAACAAUGGCCAAAGAUUCACUUCGCCUCAAAUUCCAGCAGUUGCUUGGUCAGGGUAACAAACGUGGAGGAGAGUCAUCGGGAGGCCUUGGAGCAGACUUUCAAUUCACAACAGAGUCGCUGAAAUCGAUCGGCUGUGGAGCACCGCAAGAGAGUCGACUGCGUCUCCUGAAGGACUUGGAAGAUGUCGUAUCCAACCAACACUUUGAGGAGUUCAUGGUGGAGGCUGUGUGGAUGGAGGUCAAUGAUCUGCUGGAGCCUCAGCAGACUGCUGAAGUCCGACAGCAAGCGCUGACGUUUCUCUCUUUCCUUGCCAAAGGACAGGUGGAUCGACUCGGUCCGUGCAAUUUGAAGCUGUUCGAUGUCGUCACGCAGCCGGAGCACUUGUCGGAAGACUUUGUGGAGCGCAUGCUACUGCUGAGCUGCAUAACGAAUGAAGGCCGCUCCAUCACGUUCAUUCAACGAGACCUUGAUCAUUUCAUUCGCACAAGUCUACCCACACUGCGCGAACAUGAGCAACUAUUGAAGCUACUCGAUGUGUUGGUCAUGGUCGUGCAGUACAAUGCUGCGUUUCUCAGCGACAACACUCGUCACGAGCUUGUCAAAACGUGUGCCAUUGUGUGCCACCAGGAGCGUUGUGUCGACUACCCAGAUGCGUGUAUCAAAUUGCUGGAUCGCAUCCUGCGUGGCUGCUCUCUGCGUUGCGAGAGUCUCGAGUUCUUUGUACUGGCCCUGUGUCAUACCGUCAACCAGGAGCAGUUCUGCACCCCUAGCUGGGAGUUAAUUCGCAAGCUUCUCGGUACUCACAUGGGACAUGCAGGUGUAGAAAAGCUCUGCUACUUGCUCAGCUGCCAGGAGAACUACAACAAACCAGGUGUCAUACGCGGUGCUAUCUUCUUUCUCAGUAUGUCGCUCUGGGGCUCCAAGCACGUACCCAGCCUGCAGCGAUCGUUUGCCACGGUUCUUCCAUCAUUCGUCAAGGCACUGGAGUGCGUGUGUGCCCCGGUGGCAUAUGAGCUCGCGCUGUCCAUGAACCGUCUGGUGAAGAAGUACGGCACGAGACUGCAGCAGAACAUGUGGGGCUACGUUAUCGACGUCCUGGAGAUCAUCUCUCGGCAAACACCCGGCUUCAACAGCCAAACGGAGCAAACGCGUGUGUUUGCCAUCCGUGACAAAAUCAACGACACUCUCACCACAAUGGAGAAGCUGUACGAUGCAGGCACGUUAGCGGCUAAGCCGGAUAUGUUCUUCAACUUACUGGAGAAGUGGGUCGGCGUCCGAAGUCCAACAUCAACUGAACUGAUCAUAAAGUUCCGUAUAUCCUUCAUUCACCCGGCAGAGUCUUGCUGGGUGGAGAAGCUCAACCAGCUCAUUGAGAAGUUCUACAAGAGUGAAACACGUCAGUCGGUACGCAUAUAUGUACUGGACGUUGUGUUUGACAUGGUCAAUGCCUGGUGUUUCAUGUACCCGCAUGAGAUGCUGGAUCAGAUUGUCCUGUAUCAUAUGCGUGCCGUCCACCGUGAGCCGCUGGUUGCCGUGCGCACAGCCGUGACGCAGCACCUGGUCAGUCUCGCCCAGCAGUGCAGCGACGUGCAGCACUUUGAAAAGAUCGUUUACAUCAUCUACAAGGUUGCAAGUCGUAGUCUCGACGUUCCGGCGAAUAUAACCGAGGCCGAAGAAGAGGAUACUCUGCGAGAUGCCACGGUUGCUGUAACCGGUCUUGUCUCCAUUUUCAAAUACAAGUUGUUUCAUUUACCAACUGCCCAUGUCAGCUACGUCUUCCAGCUGCUGUUGACGCACAUGAAGAAACAGUACGAACUCGGGUACAGUUCUCACGUGGCUGCACAGCUGAAGAUUGCUGUAUUCGACUGUCUUAUGUCACUGCGGGCUAACAGCCAAUUGAGACUGGGUCUACAAAGCGGCGAGGACACCACCGAAUUCAGUGACUUCAUCUACUGCGAUGGAAGGGAUCUACUGCAGGUGGCGGACACGUUCAGCGGCGAGGGAGAUCCCCUGCCCAUAGUGCCGGUCGUGCACAGCACCCUGCACUUUGCCGACGUCAUGCAUCUGAUUGAAGUGUGCCUGGAGCAGGAGAAGCAGUACAGUGUUGUGGACGUGGUUCUGAGGCAGCUGUCUCGGCUACUGCAUCACCGCCUGCUCAUCCUGUCCACCGACUGUGACCUGAACAACCUGGGAAGACAGCUGUGCGAGCUGGCAAAAUCCUCUCGCCGUUGCUCGUUGAAGGACAUGCCCAUAUCUGCAAUGGAUAUCUCUAUUCAAAUAUACCCUGUUCUGACCGCUCUGGUGCCCUACUGCAGCAAACUCACCAAAAGCACACAGAUGAUCUUGGUGCAGUCACUGGAGAAUGGCUUGGUGGCCGGCCGUAAGAGCUGCCGUGCGUGCGUCGUGGCCCUGUCCUUGUCCAUACUGGAGAUGCAGAGCGUCAUCACGCUGCGUAUGGAAUCACUGUUACAUCGUCUCACUUUGGUAUCAGCUGCACCUUCUCUAGCUGCACCGGUUCUAGAACUUCUCUCCAACCUGGUGCAGAUUUCCAGCCUGUACGCUAGCUUUAACGCUGAGCAGUACAAGAGCAUCUUCGCUAUCAUCCUGCCCUACGUCGACCCAUCCCAGUUUUCCCUUUACAUUGUGACACUUGCCCAUCACGUGCUUGCUCUCUGGUUCGUCCGCUGUCGAGUGCCGCAGAAGAACUUUGUUACAUUCAUUUUGAACAAAUUACGUCACAUCUCCCAGCAUAUGCAGAGUAACCUGCGUUCAUCGUCUAUCUUGUCGGAUACCAGUGUUACAUCAGCCGGUUCUGGUACCGUAACUCCGGGUUUGGAGCAGUCCGGUCGCCACUCUAGACAUUCGGGCCGCGGCAGCGACGCGUCCCCAGCCGUCGUGCGCAGCCACGACUUCUCCCGCCAGCAGCGUCUCGAGGAGAACCUGCACAUCCACGAGGAGCUGUGCGACGUCUGCCUGGACAUGAUGAUGCGCUACACGCACACCGCUUGCUCUACACUGCACAGCUGGUCGCCUGGGUCUAGCAAGCUACUGGCCAACGGAGCAUCCAGCAACUGGCUGAUUGGCCAUCUUGUUGUUACCAUAACGACGGGCAAGCCAUCGGCCGACAUGCCAAUCUCCGAGCGUAGCUCCACAAUGUCUAUGCCUGCAUCGCCGUUAUCGAAAACGUUUGAUGAAUCUGUAGAUGCUCCGUCGGCUACAGAGAGUAUUGGACACGUGCACGGAGUCACCUCCAUAGACUCCGUGGCCAGUCAUUCGAUGUCGACAUCGAUGUCAGUAUCUGGCCAGGACAUGACCGCGCCGCUUCACCAGCUUCACCACUCGGGCUCCGUGUCAUCGUGUAGCACUCACGGUGGUGGUGUUGGUGGUGGUGGUCCAGGGUCUGCUGCGGCGCUGCCUGGAGGAGAUGCUGGUGCUGCUGGCGGUGGUGGUGGUGGUGCUGCUGGCGGCGGUGGUGGUGCUGGUGGUGGGCAUUCUAGUGUGACAGGGCAAAGCGUCGCCGAGGAUGGCACCGGGACCGCGGCCGACCAGAGUCAGGUUUUACAGAACGGCUGGGCAGCGAUUACAAUCCGCCGACCAUGCAGCAACACCGCCUGGCUCAUGAAGCUGCAGAACAAGCCGAGCAUCGUCGCAUCGUCCGUGCCGAGCAGCAUGGUGCGAGCCACGCCCACGCUCCGCCAGCUGUAUGCCGAGGGUGACGUGACGGAGGCGGAAAUGGCCGCCAUGCUGGCGCUGUCCAAUCCCAGCGCUGCCUCCGCAGCCAGUGCGCUGUCGUUAUCACGCAGUGUAGCAGCGAGCGGCCCUUCGUCAACCACAUCGUCCGGUCCCGUGUCUUUUUCAUCGACCGGACAGCCGUCAUCACUGGGAUCUAGCCAUCCGCGCCACCCCUCAGCUCUCGGUCUGGCGGCACGAAGUCGCUGCUCGUUUGAUUCGACCAGUUUGCAGUCCUCAACCGAAAAAGAGCCACCUCCCAGCUCAGUGCACUGCCUGCCCGAACAUACACGAGUGUCGGAUGAAGAUCUGCCGACAAUCGACAUGAACGCUGUCAAGCAGAGAUCGUCGCUGUGCCGGCAGCUGUCCGACUCGCAACUGACAGAUCUGAAGACACCGGACAUAGUCGGCCACCCGAUGAUGUGGGAAGACGGCCAGGCCACGCCGUUGGUCACCGAUGACGUCGGCGACAUGUCGCCAGUCAACGUCCAAGGUACACCCGCAGCCGUGUCGGUCGCCGUUGGUGGUGGUAGUGGCCUUCCAAGCAAGCAUGGCCAUGGCCAUGAGCAUCAGCAGCAGCAGCACAGAGAAGAUCGUCGGCAGUGCCCGGUGGCAUCACCGGCGGCAACAGUCGCUGCGACGACGACAGCGGCGACAGCAUUGCACUCUCACUCACAUCCGGUCACUCUGCACCUGCUGCGCACGACGGCGUCACGACGGCGCGAGAGCUCCGACAGCCUCGAGUCCACAGCCGCCGGCGACGAAUCCACGCUGCCCGUGGCCGUCAUAUCUCCACUCGCCACGCACGGCGUCAACAGCAGUAAAAGCACGGGCAACAUCAGCACCAGCACUGGCAACAGCAACGGUAACAGCAGUCAUGUGGUCAUGUCUAGCACUCGCCCAGCUACCACACCCAUGCACGCCAAUCCCGCACACCGCCUGCAGAACACAACUACAUUCCGCGCUAUGAAGUCACUGCAGGACCUGGCGCUGUCAUCGUCGGCGGCGUCGCAGGAGGAGCGCGACACCGGAUUUCACAAGCUGGACGGCGAGCCAGCAACCGCCGAGUUUGGUAGUGGCGUUGGCGGGGGCAUUAGCCGGGACUCUCCUCGAUCUAGUACACCGGUUCGCACCACCACGCCGACCGGUUUCAGGCCGCUGGAACAGCACCGACCCGCCAUGCACGUUGCUUACGAACAACGGGCGGCGCUCGCGCGGACCAGGAGCCCCGUCGUGACGCCGCUACGGCAGUCGGCGACACCCUCUGGCAAGUGUUCGUCCUUACCGCUGUCGAACACCGCCACACCACCUGAGGUCAAAGCCUGCUCCUCCGUGUCCGCCGCUACUCAGUUGCCGUACGAGCCGUCCUCUCUACCGCUGUCCGCCGUUAGUCAAGUGUCUGCUUGCAGGCAGGCAACCAGUGCGUUGUUGAAGAGCGGCUCUCUGGAUGUGUCAUCCCCGGCAGUGAAGCCGCCGAUCGCGUCCAAAUUCGAUGUCAAUGAGUCCUCUAGUGAAUUGUCAGCGUGUUCUCAAGUCAUGAACUUCUCCUCAAGGCAUAGCUCUUUCAGCUGUGGUCCAGAGACGGUGCCAGACCCAGUAGGUCCCAGCUUCAUUUUUCUCCAGCUGUACCAGUCUGGCAUGCUGACAUCACAAGACACGGCCGCCAAACUUGGCGACCGGCCCAUUCAGCUGAAGAAUAAUGAGGCGGUGGACAGAUCAUUGCGUGUGCUGGAUCGCACUGCGCCAUACGAAACGCACCGUAUUGGCGUGCUGUAUGUGGACAAAGGACAGAUGACAAUUGGCGCCGCCCUGGCGAACACACACGGCUCCCUUCGCUACGAGCACUUUCUCAACGGUCUAGGUGACUGGAUUGCGCUGGAAGAUUGUGACCCACGCAACGUGUUCCUGGGAGGACUGAGCCGUGACGGGAAAGACGGCAACUGGGCCAUCAGCUGGGAAGAUGACAUCUCACAAGUGAUAUAUCAUGUAGCAACCCUGAUGCCGAGUGAUCCGAGUGACGCAUCCUGCACUGGAAAGCUCGCACACAUCGGUAACGACUAUGUCAAGAUCAUGUACAACAACACCGGUGGAGACAUCAAGCCAAUCGCCAAAGAGGGUCAGUUCUGCUUCGCGUCCAUCGUCAUCACCCCGCUACCACUGGCAAUCAAUGAAGUGCGCGUCGUGCAUCGAGACGGUGUGGAGAGCUUCAUGGUGUGUAGUGAUUCAUUGGUUGUGUCUGACAUGUGGCUUCCCACCCUAGUCAGGCAACUGGCAGUCCAUGCUAACCUGGCAUCACAGAUCCGCAACACGCGUAAGAAGGGAAACGAGGAGACCUUCUGCUCGAACUGGGUCGAGCGGUUGCGCACGAUUGGCCGAAUUCGACGGAAGGCCAUCAACUACGGCGACUCUGCCCACGGAGAUUUCACGGACUUUUCGUAGAGCAGGAGACAACGGAAGAGACCAUGUAGAAUGUGCAUGCAGGUAUAGAUACUGGACCGCACUCUUAUCCCACUCCUUCUAACUGUUGUGUCAUACAGGCACUAUAGCCCAGCAAGCGGCAUGAGCCCUAUUGGCAAAGAAUGCUGGCUAACUCUUCGGCGCUGAAAACCGGCCUGUCGCUCCUUUGCGACGCCAUGCGGUCGUGCGCCGUGAGUGAUUGCAUCGUGCUGCGUAGGUCACAUCACGAUGCAGCCUGCAAGCUGAGUGAUUGCAUCGUGCUGCGUUGGUCACAUCGUUAUGGUCUUACAAGCCGAUAGCAGUACCUCCACCGUGCCUUAGCUCCAGCUCAUCACGGAAGCAUCGUCGUAUCUGCUAUCGUCAGCUAACGAAAGAAAGAUGACAUGUGCAUUUGAUGUCUCCUGUAGUGUGCUCGAUGGGCACUAGCACGGCUUCAUCUGACCGUACCGUAGAUCCCGCUUAAGACUGAAUGCUGAAGAAGUUGCUAGCUAUACCCCUACUGCUGCAGCGGAAUGUAUCUGUAAGCAGGUCGGCUCCAUGCUAUCACCCCACAGUGAUCCUUUCUGACGUUACGUGCAGUGUUUUCACAGACUGAUGUUCAUCAACUGCAGUCACCGCGGUAUUGUCCUGCUGACGUAGCUCUUGCGGACGCCGUGAUGCCACGCUGGUGUUGGCUCUUGCGCACGGGAAUCCUUGAUUGUGCUCCCACUGCUCGCGUGGGCUCACCCAUCAGCAGACAGCGUGAGUGGGCUCACCCAUCGGCAGACAACGUGACACAACGGCCCACUAGCCGUAUCCCAACGGCUAUCAACGUAUCAUCGACUGGCUCGGUGCGCUGAUUUCGACAAUUGAUUUGAUUUGCUUGCUUCUCUCAUUUUCGUCCAUCCGCUACAAAACUUUCCCAUUUUCAAAAGACACCCAUGCUUCAUCAAAAAAAUCAUGACAAACAAAUAACUCAAUCACCAACCAAUAGUAGGCACUUGAAAAAUUGCUGGAAUUUCCAUACCUAUCUUUUCCUUCAUCUUUUUUGGUUAUUUUUUAUAGUACGCCGUAUACACGUACAACUGACAGAUUGGAUUAACUUAUGCAGCUGGGACUGUGAUUUGCGAUCGAUCAUUUCCGUUUCCGUCCACAUCCGUGUCUAGGCUGGCCCCCACACAACCCGUCGUACUCCCGCUGCACCCCUGCUCUCGCCCUCCACCUUCCGCUGUGAGCUUGGACCUUCUUUUUUUUUAAAUAUCGAAACUUGUUUUGUUUCACUCGUCACCAAGCCAGCUGGCUCACCAAUAUCCAAACCCACUUCACUGGCCGUUGUAGAUCUGCACAUUAGCCCACCCCCGACCAAGGCUGCAAAUUUACUCAGGGUCUGUGUUUUAUAUUCAUUUUUAGUGACACGGUGAGGAGACGUAAAUGGCACGCCGUAUGCUCGCACGCAUCCUGUUCCCAACUGAUCCCGCCUGCCAACGUUGUCUGCCUUGAUUGUCGAGCCGCGUUUGUUUGUGCUUGGCGCAGGCAGUUGUUGAACUAGCCGUAGUGCGGUAGCCUACCGUCACCGGGCUUGCCUUCUGCCUCUUUUUCUCCAGCUACAAGAGAGCAUCCCUCCCCCCUCUCCAACAACUGAUGGUGGUGCCUUCGGUGGGUUUUCAAGGCCGUAUUUUGUUGAUGUUCACUGCGUUGUGUGCAGUGCAUGUUGGCUGGCUGAUCUGCCUUUUGUUAUCUGCCUUUAGGUUAGUUUUCACUUGUGACAUUGUCGAGUUGUCUGCCUGAUCGUACAGUACAGGGAACAGGUGCGUGUAGUCUGACACGUAUUUGUAUUUGCAAGA